AUUUCCAUUGGGUGGAUGAACUUUUUACUGUUGCAGUGAGUGUUGUGUGUGAUCCUGAUACUAAUAUCACGUUACUAAGCAAGUUGUUAGAAGUGCUAAGUGAGCCAGCUAUGUUAUUAUCUAGUGACGGUAAUGAUGAUCUAGCCUUUGCGAUCCAGAAGCUUUUGAUGAGUGAAUCUAGUUGGGAAAGGAGGGAUUCUGCCAUUGGUUUCAUUGAUCGUGUCAUACGUAAUGUUAACAAUACACGUUGGGUUUGCAAACACAAUUUUCCUCGGUUCUUAUGGGAACGACUUGCCGAUCAUGAGAGCUACGUCCGUGCAUCUGCAGCCCUGUCCUUAAGUGGAUUAAUGUUGAACGAUAAGAUAACUGAAGUAUUCCUCGAUGACUGUAGUCUGUCUAAGGUAGAUGUCGUGAUGCAGUUGUGCAAAAUAGUUACAACCGACAAUGAAGGUUUCGCACGUCGGGCUGCUAUGACAACUCUUACGGCUUUGUUGACACAUGAGGGAGCUCUUCGGGAAAUUCUCCUACACUUCAACCCAGAAUCGUGUAAGCAGUUUGAAACAACAUGCCAGCUAACACAUAAACAAUUAACGAUUCCAAUUGCUGAGUUUCAAAAAAGUGCAUUUCAAGUUCAUGAUAUAUCUGUAACUGAUAUUUUAAAUGAUGAUGAGAUUAUUGAUAGAUCUUUAGAGGAACAUCAUACAUCAACCGCGAAACACUUAAAAGACACUCAGAAGUUAUGCAAAUGUGAUAAUUCCUGGAAUUUUGCCAUGAAAACUGUGAACACCGCAUUAAAUGAUCUCGACUGGGAAGUGAAACUCAGUGCUAUAGAAUAUUGGGACAUACUAAUGAAGAUAGUAUUGCGAGAAUUCUUGUCUUUUGAACAAGCUUCCGAAGAGAAAUCGAAAACUGUUAUUAUAAAGAGUGGAGAAAAAUUAGAUACUUCACAGCUUGAUCAACAAGUAAAUGAAAAUGUCAUCUGCAAUAUUGAUUAUGGACAGGUUAAUCAUAGUAGAUUAGUAUGUUUACUUUCUGCUAUUAAUUGUCUCCAUAAAAUGGGUUUACAGACAUUAAUGUCAUCUGUCACAGACUAUGACAGAUUGGUGGCGCUUUCAUGCUGUCAGCUUCUGAUCAGACUACGUCAGGUAGUGCAGUUAAACGGUUUUACUCUCUCUCAAGAUGACCUCUUUUUAAAUGAAUCGGAUACGAAAACAAUAGGUUGUACACACUGCAGAACGCUUGCGGAUGAAUUAGGCGUUCACGAUCGUGGUUAUAAACUCGAUCAGAAGGUAAUGCAAAGUUUAUUGGAGUUAACCACCAUUGAUCUAGAUAAAAUUUUUGCAGAAAAGUCGCUACUUAUUAAUGAUUAUGCCCAUAAUCCUUUGCUUCUGCUAGAGGAUAUUAUUGCUGCGGCAACCGGUGAUAAUGAGACGGAGCAGUUGAUCGAUUGCUAUUAAAAGACAGUGUAGAUGGUUCCCAGGCCUGUAAUUUUACCAGUGUUAUAAAAUACAUAUUUUAAUUGGUAUCUAUAAUUACAAAUGAAUGGUUGGACCAAGGGUAGCAGAAAUCCAUAGUAGUGUUUGUCACCAUUCUAGCAGUGAAUUGCAAAUUUAUUAAUUAUUUAUAAUAAUGCUAUAAGGGAAUUAUUAACAGGAAUAAUAAAAAUAAUUUGUUUUAUUUUUUGUCUGGUCGGCAUUGUAUAGUUUUACAUGAACCCUCAAUUGCCCAACCGCCUCUCGACUUAGUAUUUUGAGAAAUGAAAUUAUGAAUAAUAAACAUACAUUGUAACUUCUCAAAGUUUUCUUACUGAUUUUUAUUUUAUUUAGUGCACAAUUUAUAUGUAAUCCUCUCUAAAAUUUUCAUUUAAGAAUAUCCAUGUAUCAAAUAACACAAAAACAGAAUAAAGUAAUGAGUUUUGCUAAUGAAUUUGGUUAAAA